AGUUUAUUGGCAGGUGGGGUCAUAAUCUUCUCUAAGACUGUACAGUAUAAAUGGACUGCGCUUAUCAUUUAACAGCAGCCCAGACCUCUAUCACACUACCCUCGUAAUCAGCUACCAACAAAGCAGCACAGGGUGACUGUUCCCAGUCGGAAUAACGGAAGCAUGAAUAUGGAGGUGGCCAAACCCGAAGGAAAGACCGGCAGCAAAGCUCCCCUCAGAGCCACGGGCCCUGGCACCCCACGCAAGUCUGCGCCCAAGUUCAAGCAGAGGAACUCGCGGCAGUUCAAGAGCAAGCCGCCCAAAAGAGGAGUGAUCGGUUUUGGAGAGGAGAUACCAGGAAUGGAAGGCCUUGGAACUGACAUCACUGUAAUCUGCCCGUGGGAAGCAUACAGCCAUCUAGAGCUACAUGAACUUGCUCAGUAUGGCAUCAUCUGACUCGUUCUCUUUUUAUAUCUCAGAAAUGUUUUGAUAUUUAAUUUCAACAACCUUCACCAAUACUGGCUAAAAAUGUAAUAUGUCUUUAUAUGUCUGUGAAUCCUGUUUUUUUUUUUUCUUAUAUAUUUUAUAUGGUAAACCUAAUUUGAUGAUGAUCUCAAGCUGCCAUGUUCACACACUGUAACUUGAAUGUGUUCUUGUGUCAUUGCUCGAGGCUGCGGUUUUAGCUAGACGUGUGUUAGCUUGGUUGCCUGCCAAGAGGAGUUUCAGCACAACUGUCAGCGCCGUCUUUAUUAUAUUUAAUCAAACUCUUGAAUAAAUCUUGAAAUUUUAAAAGCAA